GUCUUCUGUGACCUUUCACCUAAAAUGUCCGAACAGAACUCAUGCGGUAGAGUUCAUACCAAAUUGUUUAUCCGUUUGUUUUUUUUCUUUUCGCGUUUUAUUUAUGUGUUUAUUUAUUUAAAGUGAUUCUAAUAAUGUAUACUUAACGUCAGUCUGGAUUUAUUAGCGACGUGUUAGCAUACUCGCUGCUUUGCUAGGUUAGCUUACAUGAAGGAAACAUGUCGGUUUGUUUGGUUACUCGCUUUUGUCAGACCUCCUCGAUUCUUUCACAGUUUAAAAUCUGCAUCAGGAAAAGUCAAAGGUAUAACUCGAGCUACGCGGUGUCCAGACACCGCUGGAUUCAAAGCCUGUCCGUGUUACCCGGCAUCACCUUCAGGAGGACGAGCACACAAGCUGACAAGGACUCGGUUGACCUUUCCAAGUUCCCAGCAGACAGAAUCAGGAAUUUCUGCAUCAUUGCUCACAUCGAUCAUGGGAAAAGCACGUUAGCUGACAGGCUGCUGGAAAUGACAGGCGCUAUAGCAAAGACUGAGAAGAACAAGCAGGUUCUGGACAAGCUUCAGGUCGAGCGUGAGAGAGGCAUCACUGUGAAAGCCCAGACGGCCUCUCUGUUUUACAACUAUGAGGGGGAGCAGUACCUCCUGAACCUCAUCGAUACACCAGGUCACGUUGACUUCAGUUAUGAAGUGUCUCGCUCUCUAUCUGCAUGCCAAGGGGUCCUGUUGAUUGUUGAUGCCAAUCAGGGCGUCCAGGCUCAAACUGUGGCCAAUUUCUACCUGGCGUUUGAAGCCCAGCUAUCAAUCAUACCUGUAAUUAACAAGAUUGAUCUGAAAAAUGCCGAUCCAGGUCGUGUGGAGUCUCAAAUCGAAAAGGUGUUUGAUAUUCCAGCAGAGGAAUGCAUCAGGAUUUCAGCUAAGUUGGGAACAAAUGUUGAAAAAGUUCUCCAAGCUGUUGUGGAGAGGAUUCCCCCGCCAGCAGGAAGCAUUGACGAACCAUUUAAAGCCUUAGUGUUUGACUCCAAUUUCGACCACUACAGAGGAGUGGUGGCUAACAUUGCUGUGUUCGGAGGGCGAGUUAAAAAAGGAGACAAGAUGGUGUCGGCACAUCUCCGUAAAACCUAUGAGGUCAAUGAGGUCGGCCUCCUGCGGCCCGAUGAGUUCCCGACACAGAAGCUCUUCGCAGGUCAGGUGGGCUACAUCAUCGCAGGGAUGAAGGAUGUGAAGGAGGCCCAGAUCGGCGACACGCUCUUCCUUCAGGAGCAGCAGGUGGAAGCUCUUCCAGGGUUCAAACCUGCCAAGCCCAUGGUCUUUGCAGGGAUGUAUCCAAUGGACCAGUCAGAAUACCAGGGCCUUCGCAGCGCCAUUGAGAGGCUGACCCUGAAUGACUCAAGUGUCACGGUGCAGAAAGACAGCAGUCUGGCCCUGGGAGCUGGCUGGAGACUCGGCUUCCUGGGUCUCCUCCACAUGGAGGUGUUCAAUCAGAGACUGGAGCAGGAGUACAACGCCUCCGUCAUAGUAACUGCCCCCACCGUGCCCUACAAGGCCGUCCUCUCCUCGGCCAAACUCAUUAAGGAACACGGCAGUGAGGAGAUCACCAUCGUGAACCCGGCUCAGUUUCCAGAAAGGUCGGUUGUGUCCGAAUAUUUGGAGCCCAUGGUUCUGGGGACCAUCCUGGCCCCCGACGCUUAUACUGGAAAGAUCAUGAGUCUCUGCUUGGACCGCAGGGGCGUACAGAAGAACAUGGUGUACAUCGACGACCAGCGGGUCAUGAUGAAAUACCUCUUCCCUCUGAAUGAGAUCGUCGUGGACUUUUACGACCUCCUCAAAUCGCUGUCGUCUGGAUAUGCAAGCUUCGAUUACGAGAACGCCGGCUACGAGGCUGCUGAUUUGAUAAAGAUGGAUCUCCUGCUGAACGGCCGACCAGUGGAAGAACUCACCACUAUUGUGCACAGAGAACGUGCGUACACGAUGGGAAAAGCCAUGUGUGAGCGGCUGAAGGAUUCCAUUCCAAGGCAGAUGUUUGAGAUCGCCGUGCAGGCCGCCGUUGGAAAUAAGGUCAUCGCACGGGAAACAAUAAAGGCGUACAGGAAAAAUGUUCUUGCAAAAUGUUAUGGAGGCGAUAUAACACGAAAGAUGAAGCUCCUGAAGAAACAAGCGGAAGGCAAAAAGAAGAUGAGGCGAAUCGGAAAUGUGGACGUUCCCAAAGAUGCUUUUAUUAAUGUUCUGAAGAGAAAGGAAAAGUAGAAAUAUUGCGUCCUCAUAGUGCAUUAUAGAGAUAAAGUCUCUUUUGUUAAAGAGAUUAGAUGUUUUUCUUGAUUAAAGCUCUUCUGAAUGUUUGCUGA